AUGGCCGCCGAACGCCCCGACUUCGGCGAAAUUGCCGCCGAGGCAGCCAGCGACUUCUUCACGCAGCUCUUCAGCUUUGUCGACACGGUCGUUCGCCGCUUUUGCAAGAACUUCUACGGCUCCUUCGUGGACGUCAGCGCGAAGCGCUGGACCAAGGUUAUCGCCAGUGUGAUCUUCUAUAUCAUUAUCCGGCCGUAUAUCGAGAAAUUCUUCAAGUACCUGCACGACCGCGACCGCAAGAAGGAGAAGGAGAAGAAGGAGAAAGAGAAGGCUGCGUGGGGCGGGAAGAAGGCGAAGAUGUCGGCGAAUGCGCUGCGCGGCGGCGAUGGUGGAAAGGUUCUGGGUGAGGUGGAGAAUACCGAUGACGAGGUCGAGGAUGAGGACGCCGACAGUGAGCUUGCGCAGGCCAGUGGUGUGCCCGAGUGGAACAAGAUGGCGCGCAAGAGACAAAAGAAGUAUAUGAAGAACUUGGAGAAGGGCCAGCGUGCGGAGAAGCUGAGCGAGGAUCAGAUUAUGGAGUUGCUGGACUGGAGUGAGGAGGAGGCCGAGAAGAAGGAUGCAUAA